CUCCGUUAACUUUCCUGCACUACCGCGCAAAACAACGACUUUCUAUAAAUCGGACUAUACUGUAUGUAGACGCUGUGGGUACAUUAGCGAGGAACAUUUAUUUUCAGUACGGCUAUAAUAAUGCAUGUAUUAUAGCCUACAUUUGUAUUUAUAUUUCUACUAAAUAUGCAUAAUUUAAGUAAAAAGUUAAACUAAUUCACAGUGAGACUUUACUGUAGCUCUGUAAAGUUCUGCCGUGUGCUUAUCUAAGUUAGCUGAGUAUAACUGUAAACACAUACGCUUACUCUCACGCGCACACACAAACACGCGCGUGCUUCUUACGGUAUAGUGAGGCUUCUCACACUUCUGUUCCGAAUGUAUCAGCACUUCUGUGUCUAUUUUUUCCAUGUCAGAAAAGAUAGUGGAUCGGCUGAAGUGGCAGCUUUGACACCCCCUCCUCCUUAUCACAGCAUAAACAAAGAAAGCUCCGAGUCUGCCUGUUGACACUGUUUCAAUGAGACAAACAAGCCACUAUAGCAGGCAUGGAAAACAGGGCAGGCAAAUAGACACAAAGACGGGGCCAGAGUGCGGCACACAAGGUUCCCUGGAAAAUAUUUCUUUGAGCUCUUAAAAAGCAACACUCAGAUUUGCCAACUGAACAGCAGAAGUCAUGUACCAAGUUGUACCAGGAGGAGCAGGGGGCACAAUUACAGAUGUUAUCCCCAAGCAGAAACACAGCAAGGACACUCGACCCUUAGUCGGAGCCGGGGUAAUCGGCCUGGUGCUGGUAGUUGCUGCAGUGACUGCGUGGUGUUAUUAUAUAGCCUCUAUACGCAAAGCUGAGCUGCUUAAGACUCAGCUCCUGGAUCUGAAUAAAGAUGGCUACAUUAUCCGCAACCAGGGAGGGUCUAUUGUAUUCAGAAUGGAUUUCAGGUCAGGUACGCUGGAUUUGGAUUCAUGCUCCAAAGAGGGGGAGAUGCUGAGCUGCGGACAAACCACUGAUAGAAAACUGAACUUCUUCAUCGAGACGGUGCGGCCCAAGGACACGGUACAAUGCUACCGUGUGCGUUGGGAAGAACUGGUUCCUGACAUUCCUGUUGAGCAUGCCAUGACAUACACAUUUGCACACUGGUAUGGUGGUGCUGUGUCAGCAAUACAACACUGGCCUGUUUCCAUUAAAGGCCAACAGGCUCCCAAACCCUUUGUUACAAGUGACAUCUACGCAAACCGCAAUGAAUUUGGAGGAAUUUUAGAGAGUUAUUGGCUUUCAUCCAAUGCUACAGCCAUUAAGAUAAAUAAUUCAGUACCCUUCCACCUGGGCUGGAAUGACACAGAGAAGACCAUGUCCUUCCAGGCACGAUACAAUGACAGUCCCUUCAAGCCAAACCCAGGAGAGGAGCCAUGUGCUGAACUCAGCUACAGAGUGUGCGUGGGCUUGGAUGUGACAUCCAUACACAAGUACAUGGUCCGCAGAUACUUCAACAAACCAAACAAAGUGCCUGCCAAAGUCAUGUUUCGGCAUCCUAUAUGGUCGACCUGGGCUCUACAUAAGACUGAUAUUGACCAAGAGAAAGUUUUGGAGUAUGCUGCCAACAUACGCAAGUAUAACUUUAACUGUAGCCAACUGGAAAUAGAUGAUCGCUACACAAGGCGUUACGGAGAGUAUGAGUUUGACCCCACUAAGUUCCCCAAUGCCACCGCCAUGUUCCAGAAGCUGAAAUCAGAUGGAUUUCUGGCGUCACUCUGGAUUCACCCUUUUGUUAACUAUGACUCGGAAAACUUUCAUACUUGCGUAGAGAGGGGGCUGUUUGUCCGUGAGCCUACAGGCCGGUUGCCUGCCUUGGUGCGCUGGUGGAAUGGCAUUGGCGGCAUUUUGGACUUCACAAAUCCAGAAGCCCGUGAUUGGUUUUCCUCCCAGCUACGUUCACUGCGUUCCAGGUACGGAGUGUCAUCCUUUAAAUUUGACGCAGGAGAGACUAAUUUCUUACCAUGGAAAUUCAGUACCAGAACUCCCAUUCAAGACCCAAGUUUUUUCACCAGACGUUACACGGAAAUGGCUAUUCCCUACAAUGAUAGAGCUGAGCUGCGCAGUGGCUACCAGUCCCAGAACAUAUCCUGCUUCUUCAGACCAAUUGACAGAGACUCUGUUUGGGGCUACGAGUUAGGUCUCAAAUCUAUUAUUCCCACCGUGCUUACCAUCAGCAUUCUUGGCUAUCAGUUUAUUCUACCAGACAUGAUCGGAGGGAAUGCCUAUUUGAACCGCACAGAGGGAAUUCAUGUCUUACCCGAUCGAGAACUCUAUAUCCGCUGGCUGGAGCUGAUAGCCUUCAUGCCCUCCAUGCAGUUUUCUAUUCCGCCAUGGGAAUACGACAACGAGGUGGUUGAAAUUGCACGAAAAUACACAGCCCUUCAUGAGAGUCUUGUGGCACCCCGGGUCCUGGAGCUGGCUAGUGAGGUGCUGGACACCGGGGACCCAAUCAUACGGCCCCUGUGGUGGAUUGCCACAGGUGAUGAAACGGCCUAUAAAAUCGACUCACAGUUCCUGAUUGGGGAUGACCUCAUGGUAGCCCCGGUUUUAGAGCCGGGAAAGCAAGAGCGUGACAUCUACCUCCCUGCCGGCCGUUGGAAAAGCUACAAGGGGGAGCGAUUUGAUAUCAAGGAGCCCCUCCAUCUCACAGACUAUCCUGUAGACCUGGAUGAAAUUGCUUACUUUGUUUGGGUGUAGCAAGAAGUGAAUGUCAAGCUGAACAUACUUAAUUUAGCCUUUGCUGGAAUUUGCUGGUAAGACAAGCUUCUCAAAUUCAGCUUUUAUGCUUGUUACGAAAAAAGCUUUUCUCAAUAUAUAAAGAAUUUUUAAACAACCACUCAUUACAUCACUAAAGUGAAAUUGUUAGGUUCAAACAUGCUCAGAACCUUAUCUUAAUUUUAAUCUAAUUUUAACAUAUGAAUUUUAAAUUCUUUUUUUUGCAUUUUCUUUGUGGUUUUAUGUGAGAUAACUAAGCAGUACACUCAUUUUUUUAAACUUUUGUGUAACAAUUGCUAACUGGCAGCCACUUUACGAAACAUUUCUUAAAAAGGGAAUACUCAAAACUGUGAUUAAAGGUGGGGUAGGCAAAUUUGAGAAACCGGCUCGAGAUACAGUUUUUGUUGUAUUCCAUGGAAUGCUCUUAACAUCCCGAUAGCAAUGAAUAUCUGAAGUGCUUUGACAAAAAAUCCAUACAAAAAUGUAAUCUGUGGAAGCCGUAUUACUGUAAAAAGCACGACCAAUCAGCCGGCCCGGCUAAAAUAACUGGAUGGCCUAUCUGCCUGUCAGCCUUCCAUCUCUGCACAAACUUAUCUCGGGCCUCAUUGGUCAUGUGCGCGUUCGUGUGUGUUGGUUUUCCGGCUGUGUAUUUCAAAUUCUAGCGCACUCAAGCUGGUUUCUCCAAAAUUACCUACUCCACCUUUAAGUAAGGCACAGUUGCCAUUGUAUGCCGUACGGUGUACAGUUGAAUAAGCCACACGGAUUGUAUUUUGGGAGGCAAUUGAAUGGGCUACCUGAAACCGUCUUCUACGUUUAUGCUCCGAGGUACUUUUCAGAAAGUCAGGUUUAAUGCUUCACUUAUCAGGAUGAAUGCUUGAGGUUUAAUCAUUACAAACUGCAUGUGCGCUCAUUUGUGGAACACAGUGUCAUGUAACUACUCUUAACGCAGGAGAAGAUGCCUUUUAUUAGGUACUAAAUAUUUUAUGCUCUUCCUCAGGUAACAGCUUUUUCUGGCUGCAGUGAGUUUUAAAGUAUCUGUUUGUGUCUUUGUCUUUAUUGUGCUUGGCUGACAGCUAGGGAGCUAUAGUCAUACUAUAAGCGUAUAAUACAUUGAACACAAUAACCUAAGUGAAAAUGGUCUGGUUACUUUAUACCUUCUUUGUACGCAGUGUGGAAGUCUAGAUGCCAUGACAGCAUUUUAUUAUCAAAUGUUAAUGGCACAGUGUUUUUCUUAAUGUGAAUAUUUUCUAACUAAGUGCCAUGAUAACAAUUACUGCCACAUUAUUUGCGAUUUGUUGUUUUGCUAUACAUUGGAUAUUUUAUGUUGUUACAUUUGUUCUGUAAUUUUAUUGUUAUUUUAAUGGGUCAAGUUAAACCUUUACCACAAAUGCCUAAACGUCUAAAAAUGAUGUCUUAAACCGUCUUAAUCAUUUUUUGUAGCUUUAGCUCCAAAUACAUCAUGUGAUAUCACAAAUGCACAGAUGCAACGGAUAUUGGUUGUCUUAUCAAACUCGAUGUAAGGCAGCAAGGGGACUAUACUUGAAAAGUUAAACCAAUAAAGAAUAAUAUUGGUUACAUUGUCCAGCCAUAGAAAUAAAGGCUUUUGAAUCUCUGA